AUGGAUGGAUUCAACUUGAAAAAGAUGUGGCCCUGCCUGCCCAUCGCCUUAGGCAUUCUGGGAGUCUUCUGGUUCCAAGCGUUCUGGAACUUCAACCACGACGCCGCCGCUCAUCCUGGAAACCUUGCUGGAACGACCCCUCCCGCUGAAGCAGCCGCAGCCGCCCCGGAAGGCUUAGAGCAGCCCAUUUUAGCCGCGGAGUUCUGGUACAACGUUGGAAUGGCGACUCUAUUCUUCCUGCUGGCCCAGCUCCCGGAAGUUCCCUCCCGCGGGUCGCUGGAAAGGAUGGCGAGGGAGAGGAAACAGGAGCUGAGAGCGCUGAUCGACUCCCUAACGCUGGAGAGAGAAGAGGGCGUCCAACAAAGUUGCGCGAUUAUCGACCUCCGGACGCAUUUUCGAAAGAUUGAGGAGUCGUAUGAGAAGUGGUGGGUUGACAGACGACGACGAGAGGAAGAAGAAGAAGACAAAGAAGAAGAAGACGAAGAAGAGAGUGACGAAGAAGAAGAAGAGAGUGACGAGGACUCUCGCUGCAAGCACGAGAAAGACCGACAGGCCCUGCUGGAUAGGAUCCGUCAGCUCGAGGACGACAACGAAAGCUUGAAGGGGGCCGCGAGGGGUAAGGACUUCGCCACGGACCAGCUGGAGGAACAGCUCCUCAAGAUGAAGGAGGACCACAAAGCCCUGGCGAGCAGGGUGGCCGAACUGACCGAGACGAACGACUCUCUGAAAGCGAGGGUCAUGAGCCUGAACGUGCAGCUGAAGAAGACCGUCUGCCAGCUGGAACAGCAGGAGGACCUCGCCUACCAGCUGCAGCAGGACAAGGACCUCUUGGCUCAAGAGAAUAAGGAGCUGGAGGAGUGGAACAGACAGCAGAACGACGCCAUCAAACGGUACAAGUCGAAGCAGGGAGAGCUGAAGUCGCAAAUCAACGACCUCGAGGAGAGAGUCGCCGAGCUGAAAAGGGAGCUCGCACUCCUUAAGUGCUACCUCAAAGAGAAAGAGCACAUGGUCAACGUACGCGAGAAACAGUAUCGGGAGAUGGAGCGCGAACUCGGCGAGAUGAUCAAGAAGGAUCUGCUCCUGGCGGAUGAAAAAGAUCGCCUGGAAUUGGAGGAGGACGAGCUGAAAUUCCAGGUCGAACGCCUGCGUCUGCAGUUAGGGAGAGUGACGGCGGACAGGGACCACCUGGAAAGGCGGGUGAAGACGCUGGAACGCCAGCUGGGAGUCAUCUGCAGAUGGCGGGAUGAGGUCGGAGCUGGACUAGAGAAGACCGAGAAGAAGAUCGGGAGAGGAGUCUGUUUUUAA